GCAGCCAGGACUCGUAGGCCAGCGGCAAGUUCAGAGAGCUCAGGGAGGGGGGAGGCGAGGCCGGGCGGUGGGCAGCUUCUGACGAACAGCCCUGAGAGCCAAUUGAGAGCCUGGUCGACUUUUCUCCCUGCCAAUAGGGAGGGAAACCUGGGCUGGGGGCGCUUCCCGCGGGCUGAGACUGGAUUUGAGACUGGAUUUGAGACUGGAUUUGAUCCUGCGCGGCGGCGGCGAAGGCGGGCGCGGAGGCUCGGUUUGGGCGGCGGGGAGCGGAUUAGGGGAGGAGGGAAGACCGGAAGCUACGGUCGCGUCCCCAUCCUUAGAUUCGCUCCCUUGGGCUGGGAGCGGAGACGGAAGAGGGGGGAGGCUGAAUGUUGUGUCUGUAAUAAAGGGGAGCGGUCGCUCCUGAACCUCUUCCCGGGGCGCCACCGUCAUCCCGCCCGCUCUCCGCACCCACUCGGCUCCCCUGGUUUCCGGGCGCACGGACCUUGCGGACGGCUGUACCGCAGAGGCUUUCUCAGAGGGGCUGCCCGCGGCCGGGACUGGCCGGCGGCCUCCGAGGCCCGCGCCUCGCCGCCACCCCCACCCGUCUGCCUGCCGGCCCCUCCGGCCGCCGCCAUGUCCUCCUCCUCCUCCUCCCCCAGAGAGACGUAUGAGGAGGACCGGGAAUACGAGAGUCAGGCCAAGCGCCUCAAGACCGAGGAGGGAGAGAUCGACUACUCGGCUGAGGAAGGCGAGAACCGCCGGGAAGCAACGCCCCGUGGCGGGGGCGAUGGCGGCGGUGGCCGGAGCUUCUCACAGCCGGAGGCAGGUGGAAGUCAUCAUAAAGUUUCUGUUUCGCCUGUUGUUCAUGUUCGAGGACUCUGUGAAUCUGUGGUGGAAGCAGACCUUGUGGAGGCUCUUGAAAAAUUUGGGACAAUAUGCUAUGUGAUGAUGAUGCCAUUUAAACGUCAGGCUCUAGUGGAAUUUGAAAACAUAGAUAGUGCCAAAGAAUGUGUGACAUUUGCUGCGGAUGAACCCGUGUACAUUGCUGGUCAACAGGCAUUUUUCAACUACUCUACAAGCAAAAGGAUCACUCGUCCAGGAAAUACUGAUGAUCCGUCAGGAGGCAACAAAGUUCUUCUGCUGUCAAUUCAGAAUCCUCUUUAUCCAAUUACAGUGGAUGUUUUAUAUACUGUAUGCAAUCCUGUUGGAAAAGUGCAGCGUAUUGUUAUUUUCAAGAGAAAUGGAAUACAAGCAAUGGUUGAGUUUGAAUCAGUCCUUUGUGCCCAGAAAGCUAAAGCAGCACUCAAUGGAGCAGAUAUAUAUGCUGGAUGUUGUACACUAAAAAUUGAAUAUGCAAGGCCAACUCGUCUAAAUGUUAUUAGGAAUGACAAUGACAGUUGGGACUACACUAAACCAUAUUUGGGAAGACGAGAUAGAGGAAAGGGUCGCCAGAGACAAGCCAUUUUGGGAGAACACCCUUCUUCGUUUAGACAUGAUGGCUAUGGAUCCCAUGGCCCAUUAUUGCCUUUACCAAGUCGUUAUAGAAUGGGCUCUCGAGAUACACCUGAGCUUGUCGCAUAUCCAUUACCGCAGGCUUCUUCCUCUUACAUGCAUGGAGGAAAUCCCUCUGGUUCAGUUGUAAUGGUUAGUGGAUUACAUCAACUAAAAAUGAAUUGUUCAAGAGUCUUCAACCUAUUCUGCUUAUAUGGAAAUAUUGAAAAGGUAAAAUUUAUGAAGACAAUCCCAGGUACAGCACUGGUAGAAAUGGGUGAUGAGUAUGCUGUAGAAAGAGCUGUCACACACCUUAAUAAUGUCAAGUUAUUUGGGAAAAGACUUAAUGUUUGUGUGUCUAAGCAGCAUUCAGUUGUUCCAAGUCAAAUAUUUGAGCUGGAGGAUGGUACAAGUAGUUACAAAGAUUUUGCCAUGAGCAAAAAUAAUCGCUUUACAAGUGCUGGCCAAGCAUCUAAGAAUAUAAUCCAGCCACCCUCUUGUGUGCUGCAUUAUUACAAUGUUCCGUUAUGUGUCACAGAAGAGACCUUCACAAAGUUGUGUAAUGACCAUGAAGUUCUUACAUUCAUCAAAUAUAAAGUGUUUGAUGCAAAACCUUCUGCCAAAACGCUUUCUGGGCUGUUAGAAUGGGAAUGCAAAACUGAUGCAGUAGAAGCCCUUACAGCACUUAAUCACUACCAGAUAAGAGUUCCAAAUGGUUCUAAUCCCUACACAUUGAAGCUUUGCUUUUCUACGUCAUCCCAUUUAUAAGAAGAGAAGAGCAUGUUAAAAUUCAUGUUCACCUUUAUUACAAUUUUAAAGCUAUACUUCAUUUAAAAAUCUAAAAGUGGUUAAUCUCAUGUUGCCUUGCUUAUUUGAUUUAUUCUGUUCUGUAAUAAACAGAUAUUUGCCUUGAGUAAAUUUGUUGUAAACUUUUAAAUAUUGAAUUGUUUUCAUUUAAAUAUAGAAUAUCAUAAUUUAGACUAUCUACAGCUUCAUUGUAGAUUAUGCAAAUAUGAUUUCAAACCUUAUUACAUUUUUUUCUUCCACAGUGAAAAUAUAUUUGCAUUCUUAAUCUAAUUAUCUGCAAGUAUUUUUCCAUUAUGUAUGAGGUUAAUGCAGGUGAAAGUAUUGCAUUUUAAUAUUGUAGAAUUCCUAUUUAUGUUUAGAUGUUUAAGUAUGUUGCAGUUACUCAUAUUAAACCUAACUUGUAUUUAUUAAGUAUUUUAAUCAAGUUUGAGAAUAACAUUGCACAUAUUGAAUUUUAAGUACUACAGAUUUAGCUGAUUUUAUAUUUCUGAAAGGCUUACAGACAUAUGGAUACACUUGUACAGUAUGCACUCAAACUUAUUUAAAUUGGUGUUUUUUUUUUGUUUUUUUUUUUAAGUCAUUGUCCAUUUGUAUUGACAUGCCUCUAUUCGUUUCUAGUUUCAGUUUGGAAGUUUCAUAAAGUUACAACAAUGAGUUAAUGUGUUUAUAUUCGUUGAUUGCAUGUGACUUAAUCUUGAAAUUGCAUCUAGUAUUUGCAUUGAGACUUUAAUAGAAGUUAUGAUGACCAGUUUCUCUUUUAGAUAAUGAUCUGAGAUCCAUGGAUGGGCUUUAGGGAGUCUGUAAACACCCUACAAUUGUAUGUAGAAUUUUGGGUAUUUGCAUUUUUAUUUUUUACUCCUGGAACCAUCAGUAAUAUAUGUAUUUUUCUAUAUGGUGCAAGGUGUAAGGAUCUAAUUUUAUUUUUAUUCCAAACAGAUAGCUAUUUGUCUCAACCUCACUUAUUAAACAUUCUUUCUCCCACUAGAUCUGUUUUUCUUUUUCUUUUUAAAAUAAUGUAUCUCUUAAAUAGGGAAAUACAAUUUAAAGUCUAAACAUUCUAUAACACGUGUUUUCACAGGUUCACAGCUUUUUUAUAAUAGAAAUCUGGUGUAACCAUUUUAUUUUCAUAAAAGAAGGGAGAAUAUGUGUCAUCUAUCUAGAAUAACUACAAAAUCCAUGAGCAGUUUUGUGAUCUUGAGACUUUUAAACAAAUGUGCAAAUAGAAAUUCCACUUAGAUUUUUAUAAAGGCUUUAUUUUGGAUUUUAAUGUUAAAAAGACAGUUUUCCUUGACCAAAAUGAGUCAGGGGUUUAAAAAAAUUAAAGAGCUGUUGAAGAGAAAGGUUAGAUUGAAACCAGACAUACAUUAACAUUUAUUUCCCCUUGAAGAAAAAAAUUUUUUUUUGCAGUUUUAAGAUAAAUUCACACACUAUACAAACUAUCUGAAAUAUACAAUUCUGGCUCACAGUAUCAUCACAUAGUUGUGCAUACAGCUUUCCGCAUGAAUUUUGACAGCAGUGGACCAUAGUCCCUAUAGCUCUCUAAAGAUCUAGAAAAUUUUUAAUUCAAUCUAGAGGCAUUUUAUUUUAGACUCUUAAGGGACCCAGUCUGUUAUGCCAAGGGUAAUUUGUAUGUGUACUGUAAAUUUAUGACACUGGGCUAUGUAUGUUCCUUAUUCAUUGCCAAUUUUAAUACCUUCAUUUACCUAACUUUACAAUAAACAAAGCUUUUCCCCCUUAUAAAUACUUUUCUACAUUUGUUGCAAAAUUGAAAUGUUCUAAUUAAAACAAACAAACUUGUGGGUUUAUGUAAUGAUUAUCUCCUUCCCUUCUCCUCCUUUGAAAACUGAUACUCUUUCUCAGUAUUAUGGAUAUUUUGUGCCUAUGAUUUUAGAAAACAAAACGGGAUAGUGGCAGGACUUAUUUAAUGUAGAACUUGCUUUGUGUUGUACUGACUUUUAGAUAGGAGCUCUGUCUUAAUACUCUUUCCCUGCCCAAAGGCAAGUGAGUUUCUUAGGAGUAAACUUGUUGGUAAAUGGGGAUUUCCUGUAGUGAUCUGUGCACUGGUGUGUCAGCCCUGUACGGCUGCCGUCACUGAUGUCUUUGAUGGUUUACUGGGGCAUGGCUGCUGUAAUGGAGUUUGCUUUGGCAACACUCCCUCUUUCCAUAGCGUUGACAACAUUCUUCCCUGUGUUAUUGUUCUGUUUUUAGGAGACCAAAGAAGAGAAGAUUUUAGAGCUGUGAAGAAAUAAGUACUAGUAUUGAGUUUGUUUAUUUUUUUUUUUUAAUUGAACCAAGCUCCCUAUCCAAAUACCAUUAAUAAUUUGAUAAUAAAUCUGCCAAUCUGAGUUAUGGAA